AUGUCGUUCGUCCCUACUACCAGCACCAACGCCGGGCGGGCGCAAGAGGUGAUCAGCCACAACCUGCCGCAAAAUGGCGGGGCAGCCUACCAUGACGAUCCAGCUUCGGGACCAAAGGAAUUCGACCAGGAAGCCAGCGAAGAUGAUGCGACGCUUCAAGGACGGGAAGACAAGAUGGAGGCUCGUGUGGGUGAUCUCGCACGCCGGCUUACUCGACAGUCCACUCGCUACUCAACCAAAGCCGACCUUGAGAACCCCUUUGUCACCACUGACCCGGAAUCGAAGCUGAAUCCACACAGUCCCAAUUUCCAAGUCAGAGAUUGGAUUAAGAUGCUCCUCGCCAUUCGCACGCGUGAUCCUGAGCGCUACCCGGACAGGACUGCAGGCGUGGCUUUCAAGAACUUGAGCGUACACGGUUACGGCUCGCCCACUGACUACCAGAAAGACGUUCUCAAUUCGCUUCUGGAAUUUGGUACCCUUAUUCGCAAGCUGAUGGGUGCCAAGAUGCAGAAGAUUCAUAUUCUGCGCGAGUUUGAUGGGCUUGUCAAGUCAGGAGAGAUGCUCAUCGUACUUGGCAGACCCGGCUCGGGGUGCACGACCUUCCUCAAGACGAUCUCUGGGGAGAUGAAUGGUAUCGAGAUGUCGGAGGAAUCUAUGCUCAACUACCAGGGUAUCCCUGCGAAAGAGAUGCACAACGCCUUCCGAGGCGAAGCCCUCUACAACGCGGAGACAGAUGUUCACUUCCCGCAGCUGACUGUUGGUGACACGCUCCAAUUUGCCGCAUUGGCCAGGGCUCCCCGAAAUCGCCUUGAAGGUGUCAGCCGCCAACAGUACGCUGAGCAUAUGAGGGACGUGGUUAUGGCGAUGCUUGGUCUUUCCCAUACGAUCAACACCCGUGUCGGGAACGAUUUCGUGCGUGGAGUUAGCGGUGGUGAGAGAAAGCGCGUCAGUAUCGCAGAGGCUAUGUUGAGUCAAGCACCACUACAAGCAUGGGAUAACAGUACUAGAGGUCUUGAUUCUGCGAAUGCUCUCGAAUUCUGUAAGAAUCUGGCCUUGAUGAGCAAGUAUACUGGCACCACAGCGUGUGUUGCCAUUUACCAAGCCUCUCAAAGCGCAUACGACGUUUUCCAAAAGGUAACCGUGCUGUAUGAAGGAAGGCAAAUCUAUUUCGGACCGACCUCAGAAGCCAAGCAAUUCUUUGUUGACAUGGGCUUUGAGUGCCCUGACCGGCAAACCACGGCUGAUUUCCUCACAUCCCUGACUUCGCCUUCAGAACGACAGGUCCGCCCGGGCUUCGAGAACCGUGUCCCUCGCACUCCGGAUGAAUUUGCGGCUGCCUGGAAACAAAGUAGCGCGAGAGCCAGACUCUUGAGAGAGAUCGAUGAGUUUGAAAGCCAAUACCCACUCAAGGGCUCUUCAUACGAAGCCUUCGUAGAUGCGCGACGGGCGAUGCAGGCAAAGCAUCAACGCCUGAAAUCAUCCUAUACCAUUUCAGUCUGGGAUCAAAUCUCUCUCUGUACGACCCGGGGCUUCCAGAGACUCAAAGGGGACAUGAGCUUGACUCUCUCUGGCUUGAUUGGUAAUUUCAUCAUUGCCUUGAUCGUCGCAUCGGUUUUCUUCAACCUUCCCGACAACACCUCGAGCUUUUACUCACGCGGAGCAUUGUUAUUCUAUGCAGUCCUCCUCAAUGCAUUUUCCAGUGCCCUCGAAAUCCUGACACUCUAUGCGCAACGUCCAAUUGUCGAGAAACAGGCACGAUAUGCAUUUUACCACCCAUUCGCGGAAGCAGUAGCUUCCAUGCUGUGCGAUACUCCUUACAAGCUACUGAACUCGAUCACCUUCAAUCUGCCUCUAUAUUUCAUGACCAAUCUACGUCGGGAUGCAGGAGCCGUCUUCACGUUCUGGUUAUUCUCUGUGGUGACCACCUACACCAUGAGUAUGGUUUUCAGAACGAUCGCUGCGACCUCUCGUUCACUCUCGCAAGCCUUGGUACCCGCUGCCCUGCUUAUUCUUGGCAUGGUUAUCUACACUGGAUUCGUCAUUCCCACUCGGAACAUGCUCGGCUGGUCUCGCUGGAUGAACUAUAUCAACCCAGUGGCCUAUGCGUUCGAAUCAUUCCUCAUCAACGAGUUUUCCGGUCGCACUUUCGAAUGCUCGAGUAUCGUUCCGUCUGGUUCACAAUAUGACUCAGUGUCCAUGGAUUAUCGCAUCUGUUCCACCGUCGGUGCCCAAGCUGGAUCAACAGUCGUGGACGGAUCACUGUACCUCAAGCAGAGUUACCAGUAUACCACCGGGCAUGAAUGGCGCAAUCUGGGAAUCCUUAUUGGGUUCAUGGCUUUCUUCGCCUUUGUUUACCUGGUCAGCACCGAAUACAUCUCGGAGCAGAAGUCCAAGGGAGAGGUGCUGCUGUUCCGUCGAGGCCAUCAGUCUACCCUUCCUACAGAAGGAGACGUCGAGGUCCAACCCAGGCCCGGUGGUGCUGUGAAGACCGAGACCAGCGGCGACCAAGAAGGCGUUCGCAUUCAGCGGCAAACCGCGAUCUUCCACUGGGAGGAUGUGUGCUAUGAUAUCACCAUCAAGGGCGAAGACCGGCGGAUUCUGGACCAUGUGGAUGGCUGGGUGAAGCCUGGAACUUGCACGGCCCUGAUGGGUGUCUCCGGAGCAGGAAAGACCACAUUGUUGGACGUAUUGGCCACUCGAGUCACGAUGGGUGUCGUGACCGGUGACAUGUUGGUGGACGGAAGGCCCCGCGAUCAAUCGUUCCAAAGAAAGACUGGCUAUGUUCAGCAGCAAGAUGUGCACCUACCUACGUCGACGGUUCGCGAAGCACUCCAAUUCAGUGCUUUGCUGCGCCAGCCAGCCCACCUUAGCCGGAAGGAAAAGCUAGACUAUGUGGACGAGGUUAUCAAGCUUCUUGGUAUGGAGGCUUACGCCGACGCAGUUGUUGGUGUUCCUGGCGAGGGCUUGAACGUCGAGCAGCGUAAACGUCUGACUAUUGGUGUUGAGCUGGCGGCCAAGCCUCAGCUCUUGCUCUUCCUUGAUGAACCGACGUCCGGCCUCGAUAGCCAGACUUCCUGGUCGAUUCUGGACCUUAUCGAUACUUUGACUCAGCAUGGACAAGCGAUUCUUUGCACCAUUCAUCAACCGUCCGCCAUGUUGUUCCAACGGUUCGAUCGUCUUCUGUUUCUAGCAAAGGGAGGUAAGACCAUUUACUUCGGCGAUAUUGGUGAAAACUCGACGACAUUAUCCAACUAUUUCGAGAGAAACGGAGCUCACACCUUGAAGAAUGGAGAAAAUCCUGCCGAAUGGAUGCUUGACGUCAUUGGCGCAGCCCCCGGGUCCAAGACCGAUAUAGAUUGGCACAAGGUGUGGAGAGAGUCUCCAGAGUACACCGGAGUGAAGCAACACCUAUCUGAGCUCCGGUCAACCCUCUCUGCCAAACCCAAGGAUGAGUCCGAUCCGGAAGCCCUGAAGGAAUUCGCCGCACCAUUCCAUAUCCAACUUUACGAAUGCCUGGUUCGGGUCUUUGCGCAGUACUACCGCACCCCGACAUAUAUUUGGAGUAAAACUGCUCUGUCUGUCUUGACGGCUCUCUACAUCGGUUUCUCCUUCUUCCACGCGAGCAACUCGAUCCAAGGCAUGCAGAACCAGAUGUUUUCCAUUUUUAUGCUAAUGACAAUUUUUGGCAACCUCUGUCAGCAAAUUAUGCCGCUCUUCUGUACCCAACGUUCGCUAUAUGAAGUCCGUGAACGGCCCUCCAAGGCCUAUUCCUGGCAGGCAUUCAUGACUGCCAACAUUCUGGUCGAAUUGCCAUGGAACACCUUGAUGGCGGUCUUGAUGUUUGUUUGUUGGUAUUAUCCCAUUGGCUUGUACAACAACGCCAAGCCCACGCACGCAGUGAACGAGCGCUCAGCACUUAUGUUUCUUCUGAUCUGGGUCUUUCUCCUCUUCACGUCCACAUUCGCUCACAUGGUCAUUGCUGGAAUUGAGUUGGCUGAGACUGGUGGUAAUAUCGCAACGCUUCUCUUCUCUCUCUGCUUGAUCUUCUGCGGUGUCUUAGCUACUCCAGAGGCGAUGCCAGGAUUCUGGAUUUUCAUGUACCGUGUAUCGCCCUUCACAUAUUUGGUCUCAGCGAUGCUGAGUACGGGUAUCUCCGGAACAAAGGCAGUUUGCGAGUCCGUCGAGUAUUUGACUUUCAAUCCCCCCAACAAUCAGACGUGCGAAAGCUAUAUGAAGGCCUACAUCAGCGUCGCGGGUGGGUACCUGGAAGAUCCCUCGGCAACAUCGAACUGUCAGUUCUGUACCAUCAGCAGCACGGACACAUUCCUCGCAUCCGUCUCCAGCUAUUUCUCCGACGCGUGGCGGAACUUUGGGCUCAUGUGGGUGUACAUUAUCUUCAACAUUGCGGCUGCGGUGGGGAUUUACUGGUUGGCCAGAGUUCCCAAGUCGGCUGGCAAGGCCAAGAAGGCGUAA